CUACAGAACAACAGUUCCGCUUCUUUUGACUGCAGUGACAGUCAAGAAUGUGUACAACACAAGAGUUUUUAUUGGAUUACAGUGUACAUAAAAAUGGCAUUUGCAGCAGAAAAUCAAGGUACUCUAAUUACCUUAAGUGAAGGUAGUCUCCAGGGUCCACACACAAAGAGGGAUGUAAGCGUAGCUGUAUCAUACCCAUUUAUUAAGCCAGAUCUGAAGGCUGAUCCACAGCGGAACAUUGUUAAAAUAAUAAAGUAUGCUGGGAAUGUCUUUCACCAGUGGAUCAGAGGUGUUCAGCAGAAUGAUGACUUACGUCUUGAUGAGUCAAAGUACAUAAUCAGAGAACUGGCUGCUGAACUAGACAGAGUUGUACAGUCAAAGAUAUUAGUGUCACAAAAGCUUAAAAAUAAAGGGACUACAGAAGAACAGGAAGAAGAACAGCAAUAUUAUAUUUUGCAAUGGGCUGAAGAUGUCGAAAACAUACAGACAAAACAAACAGACCAGGAAGAGAAACAGCAGACGACUUCUGAGCAGUUGUCAAAAGAAAUUCAAUUGACAAAAGCCAAAAAAAUCUUGUCUGAGUUGUUCUGGCAAUUGAAAGACAUGAAACAGAACUCAGUACGUCCAAAUGGGGAAUGGGAAGAAACAUUGAGGGAUCUCCACAAAGAGUGGAAGCAGGGAGAGUCCAGCAUACUUCCAGUAAUGGACUGCAUGAUGUGGACAGUACUACAGUCAAAAAGCUCUGAGGAUUCAGUCCCCAGACAGUGGGUGAAGAGUAAGCAGAGAUCCAAAAACACAGGUGAAGAUUGCUUUGGUCUUUCCCGCAGAGAAUUUACAUGCAGAAUACAUGUCCCAGAGAAUGAUUAUAGAAACUGCAUUCAAUAUAUGUGUAAAGGGUUAUGUCAAAUCGUUUUUUUUUUUUGUUGUUGUUGUCUUUUCUUCUCUUCUGUAGUUGGAUUAUGCAUUCCUAACCCAGUUUGGAAUUGGAUAACAAGAUCAACAGCGGAUGUAGUUCUGGACCCAAACACAGCCAAUCCAGAUCUCCUAGUCUCUGAAGAUGGAAAAUAUUUGAGAGCAAAAAAAUAUGGUCAUGAAUCCUGGAAAGAGUUCCAAAUAAAGCGAUCUAAAUUUGAUGGCUGGACUUGUGUCCAAGCUAAAGAGGGUUAUAACACAGGUCAUCAUUACUGGGAGGUAGAUGUGAGGAAGAAACAUGAAUGGCGAGUGGGAGUUGUGAAGGAAUCUGCUCUUCGGAAUGGCUAUGUUACAAUGAACACAAAAGCAGGAUACUGGAAUCUGCGCCUGCAACUAGGAACUUUGAUGGCUUUGACUGAACCAGUGACGAAACUCAACCUGCUAAAACCAUCUAAAAUUGGAGUUUAUCUGAACUUAGAAGAGGGCCAUGUGUCCUUCUAUGAUGCAGAGAAAAGGAGACAUAUCUACACCUUUAACACAGAGUGUACUGGAAAGGAAAACAUUUACCCAAUGUUUGGCACUGUUGAGACAGACAGAGCGUUGAUGAUUUCAUCAUAAAAUGUAUUUCAGUUUAAUACAUACCUCAUGAUCCUUACUUCACGUACAGGAUUAGUGUUUAGUAUAUGUGAAUGUAAAUUAUUUGUAGCUGCAAUGUUUAUUUUAUUUUUGGGCAGAAUAUGCAAAAUUAUUGAAAGUAAAUAUAUAAAUAUAUAGUUAUUUAUAUAUGUAAUUAUGCAUACAUCUAAUAUUAAUAGAAUAAAUCGAUUCAAAUACUGUAUACCAUAUAACAAAACAAGCCUCUGUUAUUUCACUGACUGUAAGUUUUAAAAUUCAGAGUUUACAAUGCAUUUCUGCAUAUUAACAAAAUAAUUCAUUUUUGUUCAAUAAAUAUACUGUUGUUAAAAUAUGUUAAUAUAAAACAUAUAUUUUAAAAUACAGAAACAAAACCAUUUUAAUAUGUAAAGAUUCUGAAAGCAUUGAAGGAGAUCCCAUAGUAAUUUAAUAACAACAAAUUAUAUUUUAUGAUUAAAAGCAUGUUUUUAAAUAUGAUUUUAAAUAUGAUUUCAUUCUAAACUUGGUGAUUAUCUCUAAGAUGGACACCCAACAUAAUAUACGAUGAAUAUAUGAUUUACCAUGUCAACAAAUGGAAAAGUCAGCCAUCUAUUAAUUAUCAUGUUAAUUAUUGUGCCUUUUAGCCCCAACAGCAAGGGUGCCUUUUACCCAAUUCCCAGUUUUGAUUCCCAGUUUCGAUUCCAAUGU